AUUUAAGAGAGGCUUAAAACAAGUCUAGAUCUAGCAGGAAGUGAAAUUGAACCAAUACAUAUCUUCAAUAAAAUUGAAGAAAUUGUUGCGUAUGUGACAAGAAGCAAAAUGUUCGUUUUGAGAGUGUAAGUCCAAAGAUGAAAUCGGUACGACAUCCGUAUGGAAUCAUCAUUUUAGCAUUUCUUAGAGUUGUGAUUGGUGUAACAUUCUCCUGUGACUAUGGCUGGUUGCUGUACCGAUCCAGAUGCUACUGGAGGUCCGUUGGGGAAAUCUCGGGCAACAACGCUAGAGGGGCUUGUAGGCUGCGUGGAGCUUUCCUCGCAUCUGUAAAGGAUUCCGGUGUUCAAGCUUUCCUGCAAAGCAGGGUGAUGAGCGCUGGGGACGCCUGGAUCGGAGGGACAGACGAGAGCCACGAAGGAACUUGGGUGUGGCUAUUCGGCGAUGAUCCUUUUAAAUACAGUAAUUGGAAUUCAGGUGAACCUAACAAUAAAAACGGCAAUGAAGACUGUUUGCAAUUCUACCAUGACAAGGGGAACAAAUGGAAUGAUCUACCUUGCGACCACAAAAUAAAUGGAUACAUUUGCAUGAAGGGAGCCGACAUCAGACCUUCCCUUUCAUCUAGCUGUGCAUGCAGUGGAUUAAACUGCGUAAUAGGAUCAGUAGUCGACCAAAGAAAAUGCACAAAAACGGAUAUCCUUUUUCUUAUUGAUGACUCUGCUAGUGUCUUCAAUGCCGGUUUCACCUACGCAAAGAGUGUUGCUAAAAAACUGGUAGAUUGCUUAACGAUUGGUCAAUAUGAAACUAGAGUUGCAUUAAUGACUUUCGGUUCAACUGUUUCCACACGAUUUAACUUCGGUUCACACACUGACCAAGCGACUGUAAAGUCAGCCAUCGCUGGAACUCCAUUCAGAGGUGAAGGUCGAACGGAUAUUGCUAAUGCUCUAAACGAAGCUCGAAAUAUGAUGGGUUCAAAUCCUAAAGAUACACUCGACAUUGUUAUAGUUCUCACCGAUGGAAAAUCAAAUACUGCUGUAUAUAGUGCAUCAGCUGCAAUUCAUACAGCUAAUGUGUACGUCUUUGCUAUGGGAAUAGGAAAUGACGAAGACUCGCCCAAUCUUCAAACAAUUGCAAGAAACCCGAAUGCUGAUUACCAUGUGGUAUCCAAUGACUACUUUGAUCUACAUGCUAAAGUUUCAAAACUUAUAACAGGUCUUUGUAUAGGUUAUACUGUGCCUGAAUUUGUUACCUGUGAAAUGGAAAUUAGAGACAGCAAUGGAGAAAAAGCACAGUCUCCAACCAUUGGAUCGUCCCAAUGCCUUAACCAACAAGAUUUUUACGGAAAAUAUCAACCAGAACAUAUUGACACUCAUUUAAUGAUUUCCGCCCAAUACACAAAGUAUAGUCCAAGCGCUUCUCAUUUAGACUUUCAUUUUGGUGUACUUACUGCUGGAGUUGUAAUACUUAAACGAACAAAAACAGGUUUGGAUGUUAACAUACAGUAUAGUCCUGUAAAAGUAACAUCUAAAUACGAACCUCAUAUAGCAAAGGAUGUUAAGCUGACGAAUUCCGUAAUACUUUUGGACAGUGAAAGGCUUUGUUUGAAAUACGACGCAUAUGCUGGUGGAUACAUUACUUUCGAGUCAAAGUCUUAUCACUAUGGAACAACAACGGCCCAGAGGACCCUUUGUUACUUCUAUGACGACCAAGCUCCACGUCAUUGUUCAGACUUUGGGACAUGCACCUAUUCUCCACUUCAACUUGCUGUCGAAAUAACCAAUGCUUCCACUUUAUUUGUGUCUUUUCCAGGUUGGGAAGAUGUAGAUAUUGCUGGAACAACUUCAAUAUUUGCUUCAGGGAUAAGUCAUUUGGAAAUAACUCUUCAUGAAAUGGAAUAUAGCAAUGGUACCCUAAACAUGAAACAUAACUCGAAAAUCCCUAAAACUGUUUGCCACAACUGCAGUAACACUGUUAUAGAUAUUCCACAUACAAAUGACCCUAUUCUCUAUGGCGUUGCAGUAGAAGUAGUGGACGUCGCUCUUAACCCAAGACAGGCUCGAAGGUUUGUUCUCUAUGACGCAUCAUCAAAAAUAAAAGUACACAAAAAUUAUGUUUUGCAGGUAAUAUCAGCAUCUGCAAAAACAAAUUUUCUUUGGCAAACUAACCACGGCAUCUUGUGCUAUAACUGGACCAACAGAUAUUAUAAUGACAAAUUUGUGCAUUAUAAUCCGCUAAGUCCCAUUGCCACUGGCGUACACAACCAUUUUACUGGGGUGUACGAACAGACAACGGGAAAAUUUCCAGUGACGGGAACAUUAAAUAUUCACGGCAUUACCAGUUUUCGUUAUACGAUACAAAAAGAUCUGGUAGAUAUAAUUAGUGACCAGUUAACACCAAAUUUUCCCGAGGAAAAUAUUUGUGUUCCAAUAUCUGGUGUUAGCGAUGGAAAUACAAUUACAUUUAAAAUCAGUGCCAAUGAUAUUAUAGGUCAUCAAAUAGAAGAAACCGUUGUUCAUCACAUUGAUUCCUCCCCCCCGGAAAUAAGCGAUGCGUGGCUAGUACGUGACGGUACAAAAGAAAUAUUUGUUCAUAACAUGAAGGACCUAUCUGCUAUGACAUUACAAUUCAAGGCAUUUGAUGUUCACAGUGGGUUGGUCAGUGUGCAUUGGUCCAUACGAAAUGAAGAAGACCAUUCUGUAUUUGGAAAUGGGGCUCUUGGUGUUUACUCCAUCGCGAACUGCUCCAUUGAACUAAACUGCUAUUGUCCCUCGGUAGGAGAAUGCCAGUUGAUGAAUUACACUCUUGUCAUGAAUUCCCUGGUUGUAAAUGACACGCAUAUUGGAGAUCAUCAUAGAAAAUACGUAAUCGAGUUAGAGGUAGUUAAUCAUGCUGCACUACGAACUACAGAAAGCGUUACCAUUCUUGUUGACGAGUCAGCCCCAGAAACGGGCGUUGUUCGAGAAGGGAGUCAAGGUUCCUCUGAUAUCGAUUACAUUUCCGAACCAAACAUUACCAUUAAUUGGGACGGAUUUAUAGACCAUGAGAGUGGUAUAAAAUUUUAUCGACUAGGACUUUCUAAUUCAUGUUUGAGUUUAGAAGAGUUAUGGCAUCCCAGUAGUUCUAACUUUGAGUAUUACGACACGGAAGAUCUGAGUAUAAAUGUAUUAAUAACAUUUGAGAAAAAAAUGUAUUCUUCAGUUAUUGCUUUUAACAAUGCCAUGGAACCUUCUAACGUAGGAUGCAGCGAUGGUUUCCUUGUGGACAUAACUCCACCAGUUAUUUCAAACCUUUCUGUUCGAAAUUUAAAGACAAUCCCUUCAAUUGGUUGUAUAAAUAAUUCCUUUUGGUAUGUGAGCGAAGAUUUAAGGCGCACACGAGUUACCUGCAAUAAAACAUGUUUUUUAAAUCAAAGCACUCCACUGCUUCAUGCACUACCGGAAACUCGAAUGAAAAGUGUUCCUGGCGACAUAUGUGUGUUGCCUUCUUUAAGGAAUGAGUAUCUCUAUCUUGGAAACGAUUUUCUGGAUAUUUCUUGGAAUAUUAGUGAUGCUGAGAGUCAGAUUGAAGAUGUUUUCGUUGGAAUUGGUUCCUCAACUUCUUCUGUCGUAUCUCCUGACGUUUCUGGCUAUACCAAAACUCACCACAAUGCGUUCUAUCGUCUUAGGCAUCCUGGAUUAGCAGGAAGUAGCAUUGUCUUUCUUUUCGUAAAAGCAGUUAACAAAGCGAGCAAAGAGACAGUGAUGUCAGUAGGUCCAGUCAUAAUUGAUGAAACUCCACCUUUGUGUAUCAACAAACCUACCACAGAGCUAGCAAAUGGUUUAGUCGUAGCAUCUUGGUCUUCUGAUGACUUUGAAGACAAUGAACAAAUCGGAAUCAUUCGGAAAAUCUACUACAGACUUGUUUCCAAAGAUUCAAAAGUUAUGACCGAUUUUAAGGAAUGGACAAAUCGUAGUUUUUGUUCCAUUGGACGCUAUUGCAUCACAUUCCCUGUAUUUGAAAUUCAACACUUAGAUAAGGGAAGUGGGCGUGUUUAUGAAAUUGAGUUUCACGCAUUUAACAAUGCAGGACAUGUCUGCCAUAUCCGCUCUAAUGAGUUUAGUCUUCCAUCUCAAUAUCUUCCAACUCGAGGAACGGUGUAUGAUGUUGAAAAUAUCCCAAGUACACAUGAUGAGAAUGUAGAGGAUAUAGAUGUUUCUUUAACAUUAGACUCCUAUUGUGUAUAUUCAAGAGGCAUACAGCACAUAGAAUCUCUCACCUAUGAGAUAGGGGUUGGAUUGAAUCACGAAUCUGAUGAUGUUAUAUCGCUGCAUUCUGUAAACGGGUCCUUUUCCAACAAAGGCGUGUUUAUUUGUGAAAACACGUCAAUCUUACAACCAUAUCAAAAAUACUUUGUCUUAUUGAAAGCGUCUAGUUUAGGAGGAAGUAUUACUUUAUCAAGUGAUGGCUUUGUUAAAAUAAACAAAAACGAUUUCGACAAUUUCAUCAAAAUUUAUGAUGGCCCAGGGUGUACCUCUACAAAUUUGGUCUCGCAAGAAAAUCUUGUUCUAAAUGGCACGAAUUUUAUCCUAAGCACAUCACUACCUCUGGUUGUUGGAUCAGUCUACACAGCAUUUGUCGAUGUAUCAGACGACAGUUUUACAAUCAAUGAGGAAGAGGAUUCAAUUAUUUCAAAAUCUUACAAUUCUUUCACAUUUAUGCCACAUAGUCAUAUGCCAGUGUUUACUAUUUCUGUCAGUUUGACAGACUUAAAAUCUAACGUUGUAGACUUAUUCCGAUGUGAGGAAAACGUGGAUGUACAAGAUAAGUUCACAGAUAUUGGUGCCAAAUUGCUUAUAAAUUCAACUUUGGACCAUCAUAUAAGCCAUUACGAACUAUCGUUAUUGUCAUGUGGAAAUUCAAUGAACGGAGUAUGCAAAUCAGUUAUUUCAAAACGCGUUGGAAAACAAAAACAUUACGUGUUCACGGAAGUGCAUAAUAUUCUAACAGAGGGAUAUUACAAAAUUUUACUUCGUGUAUGCUUCCGGAGAAAAUGUAUUCAUGGCAGAUAUUCAAACGGCUUCUACCUUGAAUCGAAUGACCCAGAGUUUGGAUACUUUUCAGCUGAGCUCGAUUCAAAAAGCGAAGAAUGUGUUGAUAUUCAAUUGCACUUUCAAAAGUUCCACUGUUCAUAUCCUUUGGAUACCUUUGCAAAGUUUUAUAGAUGGGCGAUAUUCACCGACGGGGACACAGAUGGAUCGAUACAAUUAACUGACUACAAAAUACAUGUCAACAACACAGGAGAAAUAAGAUCCUGUACAAGCAUUCCUGUUCAUCCACAUCGAGUCUUGCGAGCCUGUUUGGAAGGUUACUGUAGGUCAGGAAGAGUAUCUAAGACGUGUACUCCCAUCAAUGUUUUACAGAAUCCGAACGUUUAUAACAAGGGAGUUGUCUAUGACCUAGAUGCCCGGUCGGAAUUUUUUUCAGUAUUAGAUAUGUACAAAUACACCAGAAAUAUCGGAAAUAAACUAAAGGAUUUGCAUGCCAAUGAAAUUAAUUAUGAAGCACAUUUUUUCAAACCUGGCGCUUUUGUUGUCGGUUUGGGAAAAACGGAAAAUGUUUGGAGCAUUACCAAAUCUGACCAAGUUCCUUUGCAUUGUGAGAAUGACGACAAGUGUUUAGUUUCAAAGAGAGAAACGGGUGGCUUAGUAGAAAUUUCAUCCAAAUUACCCAUGGAAUAUAACACAUUAUAUUACAUUUGUGUCAACAUCACAGCUGAUCGUAGUAUGAGUAGAUGCAGCAAUGGCUUCAUAAUUGAUCAGGAUCCACCCUCAAAGGGAGAAGUUUAUGUGAAAACAAAGAAGAAUGGAUUCAUGACUGAUAAAAACCGAAUUGAUAUACACUGGCAUGGGUUUACAGACAAUAACCCUUUUAUGAAAUUGGGAUAUCCAUCCAGUAUUCAAUUCUUCGAAAUAGGAAUAGGAACAAAAAGGGAAAAUGACGACGUAUCGGUCUUUGAGAGCGUUGGAUUGACAUCGGCAGUAUCAUUGUUCAAUUUAUCGCUAAUAGGAGGAACAUCCUAUUACUUCUCUAUCAAAGCUCAUGACCAUGCUGGCAAUUUUAUUGUUGGAUCCACUAAACCCUAUAUCUUUGAUGAUACUCCACCAACCCUCGGAGAUGUAUACGUUGGUCAUUACCUUAAUCAUAAAUCCUAUGUAAAUCCGAGUACUCUUCUCGUAAACUGUAUUGGCUUUUAUGAUUAUGAAAGUGGACUUGAAAAGUUUGAGAUCGGUGUUGGUAGCACAACGGAAUCAGCGGAUGUAUAUCCGUUGUUUGAACAUCACUAUACGAAUACACCAAUCAGAGUACCUGCACAAGAAACUUUAUUUGACGGUCAUGUGUAUCACAUCAUAGUUCGGGUUUGGAACUUUGCUGGUCUAUAUACGUCAGGUUUUUCUUACCCGUAUGUCUUCGAUAGUUCCCCUCCAGAUGAAGGCAUCGUGCGAGAUGGACCUGCUGUUAGACAAAAUGACGAAGACUACACAACUGAGUCCACUAUAAGCGUCCAUUGGACCGAGUUUGUAGACAAGCAUUCGCCCAUAGACUUCUACAGAAUUGGUCUUGGCUCCGGAGUAAAAUUAACAGACAUACAUAGUUUUAUUCUAAUUGGAAAGAAGCGAGAGUGGACAUGGACAUUACCUCUUAUCCCAGGAAAACGAUAUUUCUCGACCGUGGAGAGUUGUAACAUGGCUGGAUUGUGUAGCCAGUCUUCUUCCAAUGGAAUCGUCAUUGACCCUUCUCCCCCUGCUCCAGGCUUUGUUUCUAUUGGAGCUGAAAAUGUCAAAUACAUCCCACAAAGGUCAUUUCUGUCUCUAGAGUGGGGAAAUUUUGCCGAUGUUCAAUCUGGUAUUGUGCAUUACGAGAUUUGUGUCGGAAUAAGUAAACUAAAUUGCAACAUAUUCCAGUGGAAAAAUGUCCGCUUACAACAGUCUACCUUAUUACUGAACUUAUCUUUACCAACUGACAAAGACUUGUAUGCCGUCGUAAAAGCCACGAAUAGAGUUGGUCUUUCAACUCGUCAAUCAUCUCAUAGUUUUAGAGUAGAUGAUACUCCACCUAAAGUUACCAAAUCACCGAGAUUUAUAAGCAGUGAGGAAGCUCCUUCAAUAUAUGAUUCAUCGGUUAUACACGUGGAGUGGGGAUUUGAUGAUAAAGAAAGCCCAAUUAAGAUGACUCUGCUUUCUCUUAAGCUUCAAGGCGGGGCUCAUACUGAAUUAGAUAACAUUAUUGUAAAGAGUAAUGGUACAUUUGUAAAGUCACUAAGUUCAAAGGAGUGGUUAAAAGACGGUGACAGUUAUUAUGUUACCGUGACUUCCUGUAACAUGGCCGAGUUGUGCGAGUCAGUCAAAAGUGAACCCGUUGUGUUUGAUGGAACACCGCCAAUACAUGGAAAUGUGCAUGGUGAUGGUACAUGGUCUAAUAUUGACUCUGCUAUAACGCUAAAGUGGGAAAACUUUCGUGAUCCUGAAUCUGGUAUAAAAUCGUAUUUCAUAACUAUUGGAAAAACACACAGUGACAUGGAAUUCAGCAGAGGAAUAGUGAAUAUAUUACACGGUGGCGAUGAAAAUUCAACACAAACUGGUGUCUUUAAUAUCAGUGGAUUGAUAAAUGGAGACAAAAUAAUUUUUUCUAUAUGGGCAAGAAAUAAUGCCAACUUAAAUGGAACAAUGAGAAGAUUAACAUUUAUUGCAGUUUCAAACAACAAAAACAACACAAGUGGUAAUCUUGUUAUUGAGAAGCAUUCUUGUAGUGUAUCAUAUUGUACGAAAGAAUGCACGUGCGCAAUUCUUGGCGGAAAAUGUCUUUAUAUUCGAAACACACUUGGAUGCACGCAGACAAACAAUACAUAUAUGCUGAAUAAUUCUUCGAUUAGAUUGCGUAUUUUUGGACAUCAUUCAGAUAAAUGGACUUCUUCAACUCGUUGUUUAGGUAUUGAGUGGCAAUCAGAAAAUAUAAAUGUAUUGAGGUAUGAAUGGAGCAUAGGUAUAAAAAACAUGCCUUAUGGCUAUGGAAUAUUUAAAACCACCACAGAGCAAGUUUGGCAAGAUGUGAGUUUACAAAAUCGGGUUGUUCAUUGCUUACCGUGGAAACGACAACUUGUAAAUGAACGAGAAUAUGUUGCGUACCUUAAGACUUGGGUUUCAGAAACGGAAUAUAUUCUAGCACAAUCUAAACCAAUUAUUAUUGACACAACGCCACCAGGUAUACGAAGGGGAAAGUUCAUCAUGGAUUCAGACACGAUUUGUACACAUGACAAAGAAUUCAUCAAAACAAAAAACAUUACCACAUGUUGGAAAAGCGUUUUUUCUGACGCACAAAGUGGAGUCAAAGAGUACAGAAUAAUGAUUGGUGUAUCCCCUGGGGGACAUGAAAUCUCUGGAAUUCAAAGUGUAGGACUGGCAACAAAUUUUUCUUGGAAUUUUCCUGAUUUAGAGCCAGGAGUAAGAUAUUAUUCUUCGGUUGAAGCUGUUAAUUUCGUUGGUCAGUCCACUAAACUUACUUCAGACGGUAUCACCAUUGACUCUACCCCUCCGGACGCUGGAAUUGUGUUUACAACUAAUUUUUUUCAUGAUGACAGAUGGCUAAAGGAAGCGUCAACGAUAAGUGCCUCCUGGGAAGGAUUUUCUGAUUUCGAAUCAUCUAUAGAUCGUUACAUUCUUUCAGUCAUAGAUGCUGACCAAAAUGUUAUUGUACAAGAUCUGAAUGUAGGGUUUUUAAACAAAUACACUAUAACAGAUCUUUCUCUCGUCCAUGGGAUGAGCUACUUCAUAAAUGUGAGAGCAGUUGAUAAGGCGGGUUACAGUAGUGACAUUUCUAGGUCCGAACCCAUCACUUUAGACAAAACCAUGCCGGAAGGAUUGAAAUGCAAUAAGUUUUCAGAAGUUUCAAUUGUAACAACAAAACUAUUAACAAAUGAAAAACAAGUGAUUAAAGAUGUGUUUCGUUUGAUUAACUCUACAAUGUAUAAAAUUGUUAUUGAUGGAGAUGUAGAUAUCAAAACUCAAAAUGUGGAAAUCGACAUUAAUGGAAAUCUUUAUGACGUGGCUUUAAACGAACACUCGUCUGAAAUAUCAUUUAUGCCUCAAACAUUAACAUCAGACAUAGGUGUCUUCGUUAGUUCCCCACAAAACCAGAAUGUAUCAGUAAGGAUUACUCUGUACAAAUGUGAGAUUUUGGAGAUUGAUGAUUCUAAGGCAUUAGUUGUGCGACAAAUCUCUCCAAACUUUUUGACAAUUGCUGCAAAUGUUAUCGAUAAAGAAAGUGGAAUACGAAAUGUAGAAAUGUAUUUUGGAACUCACUUAAGGGGACGGCAGCUCAAAACAAUCAAAGCAACGUCUCCAUUUACAAUUCACAAAGUGUUAAUGCCGAUUUCACACAGAACAACUUUGCACAUAUCCGUAAUGGCAGAAAACAAUGCAGGAUUAAGAAAAUAUUUUUACUCUAAUUCCAUUGUAUGGGAUCAUACACCCCCAAAGAUACACAUUGAGAAUGUUUUUAUCAGUUAUAUUGAAAAAAACGGCGAUACUUUGUCUUCAAUAACCAUUGAUUUGACUCUGGAAGAAAACGAAAGUGAAGUUGCUUACUGCCAAUGUGCUUUUGGUAACGUGGUUGGCUCACAAAAUAUUCAAAGUUGGAAAACGUCUAGGAAUUUGUAUUCUUGUCAGUCAACGUUGAAUAUUUCACAUGGGUCAAACGUAUUCCCUUCGGUGCAAUGUUUUAACAAAGUUGGUCUGCAAACGGAAGUAAACAGGAAAUCACCGCUGGUUGUCUCAUUUGAUUCACCUCGACCAGUGUCUGAUGAAGUCCAGUUUGUUGUAAACAGUGCCACAGUUCAAAACUCGGUCAACAUCCAAGGGGUUUCCACGUCCCUUUAUUUCCACUGGCAGGCCUUUAGGGACACUUCCGGAAUGGCGACGUACAAAGUUUGUAUAAAGUCCGACAACUUGAUAGUUUACGAUUGGCAUAGUAUUGGAACGCACAAUUACUUUUCAGCCGACGAAAUAUUGCUCACCACGAUGAAGAACUAUACUGUGCUUGUAUCAGGGACUAACGUUGGAGGGAGAACAAGUGAUCCCAUAAAUGGUUCAAUAUCUGUUAAAGAUAUUAUUCCUGUACAAACCGGAAACUCGUGUGUUGCUUAUGCUGAAAAGGAUGGGAAAAUACUUGUAUCUUGGACAGAUGUAUUCAACUUAAAUUUUGAAAUGGACCCUACUUUUGUAGUUUACAUUGGAUCCGACGUAGGAUUUGCAGAUCUUCUUCAUCAUUUUAAAACGAGGAACACUGAUUAUUGGUUAUCGUCUGAAACCAGACUGUUAUAUGUUGUUAUAACUGCAAAGUAUGUCACCGGAUCAGAGUCUAUCUAUCGAGAAUUGAUCAAGGUCAAAGAUUAGACAUGUUCUAUAUUGGAUUUGUAUAAGUCAACCGAUCUGACAUUUGUGUGGUGAUUAUUGUUUUUCAUCACGUUUAAGUUAAUACCUUGUUCGGUUUUUGUUACAAUAAACUAUCAUUAAAGUUGUUUUUUAUUCAUUAGUGAUACAACAUAAUCUCAGUUACUAAUGGUAAUGAACAAGAUGUAAAAGUCUUUUAAAUUAUUGUUUAAACACAUUUUAUAAAUUUUAAUGAUUUCAUUUAUAGUUCCAGAAUAAUAAGACGUCAGUCAUUAAUACAUAUAGUCUUUUUCGACGUUUAAUAAUUCUUUAUGAAUGUAUUAUUAUCUCAACUGCAAUAAGUUCCACAAAGAAAGAGACGAAAUACUUCGAUGAUUGAUAUCCUUUUAGCAACCUUUACUUUGCCUUUUGGUAAAUAGAUUAUUUAUUUAUUCAACGAUUUCAUUCUGAGAAUAGAAACACACUUUUGAGUCGGCUUGCGAAGCGACCGAGUCCUUGUUAUCAUAGCCAUUUCUGCGAAAAUAUUGCACUACAUUAUUCAUGCGCUAAAGAAAAUAGUGCAUUCAUUACCAGCUUUUGUUAGCGUGAUUGCCAAUGGUAAAACAUUUUCAUAUUUAUUUACACAUAUAUUUAAAAAU